AUGGAGGCGGCGGAGCUGCGCUGCACGGCGGCCGUGGAGCAGCCGCUGCCGGGGGGACUCGCCCCGCGCCGCCGCGUGAUGCGGAACGCGACCGUGCUGCUGGGCCGCAACGAGCUGCGGGAGCCCGUGCUGCGGGUGGCCGGCGGCAGUGGCGCGGCGGCGGCGGUGCUGAGUUUCGUGCUGGCCGGGGACGCCGUGAGGCUCUUCACGCGGUUCGCGGGCGAGGGGCGAGCGGCGGUGCGGGUGGGGCCGGACGGCGCCCAGGUGCUGCUGUCCGACUGCCCCCCGGACGCGCUGCGCCGCUUCCUCCGCCUCCUGCGGCUCAAGGUGGCCGCCGGGCCGCGGGAUGCGCCGCGCCGCCCCCGCCUGCUGGAGCGGCCGCCGCCGUCCUUCUCUGUCAUCAGCCCGGUGCAGGAGCGGGACGUGCUGAGCGGCCCCGGCCGCCGCUGCGCCGGCGAAGAGCGGGGGGAGCGCCCCGCCGAGGUGUCCCGCGCGGAGAGGCGGCCCCCGGCGAGGCUCUCGGCGGAGCAGGAGGCAGUACUGGGCGCCGUGCGGAGCGGGAAGAGCAUCUUCUUCACCGGCUCUGCAGGGACUGGGAAGUCGUUCUUGCUGAAGAGGAUCGUGGGCUCCCUCCCUCCGAACAUCACCUACGCUACAGCCAGCACGGGAGUGGCGGCUUGUCACAUCGGUGGCACCACUCUCCACGCCUUUGCAGGGAUCGGCUCUGGGAAGGCACCGCUGGAACAGUGCAUUCAGCUGGCAGAGAGGCCGGGGGUGCGCCAGCAUUGGCUGGCCUGCCAGCACUUAAUUAUUGAUGAGAUCUCCAUGGUGGAUGGCAAGUUCUUUGACAAGCUGGAGGCAGUGGCAAGGGCAGUCAGAAAACGAGAUGAGCCUUUUGGAGGAAUUCAGCUAAUUAUCUGUGGGGAUUUCUUACAGCUACCCCCAGUCUGCAAGGCUAAUGAAGAAACCAAGUUCUGCUUCCAGGCAAAAAGUUGGAGAAAAUGCAUCCACAUAAACAUGGAGCUGACUGAAGUGCGGAGACAGACUGACAAGACCUUUGUCUCACUCCUCAGUGCAAUUCGUUUAGGCAGGUGCACAGAGGAGGUUACCAGACAGCUGAUGCAGACAGCCACUCACAGGUCUGAGCGUGAUGGGAUCCUGGCUACAAGGCUCUGCACCCAUAAAGAUGAUGUGGAAGUAACCAAUGAGAGACGCUUGCAACAACUGCCAGGAGAAGUGCAUGUGUUUGAGGCUUUGGACAGUGACCCAAUGCUAGUGAAGUUAAUUGAUGCUCAGUGUCCUGUGGGUGGUAGAGUUGAGCUAAAGCUCGGAGCUCAGGUGAUGUUAGCAAAGAAUUUGGAUGUGUCUCAAGGGCUGGUGAAUGGGGCACGAGGUGUUGUUGUAGGGUUUGAAAGUGAACAGAAGGGUCUGCCUAAGGUGAGGUUUCUCUGUGGGGUCACACAGCUCAUAAAAAUGGAAAAAUGGGUCAUCAAAGGACCAUCAGGAGUUCAUCUGAGUCGUCAGCAAUUACCUUUAAAAUUGGCAUGGGCCAUUUCCAUUCACAAGAGUCAGGGCAUGUCGUUGGACUAUGUGGAAAUCUCCCUGUCUCGUGUCUUUGAAAAUGGGCAGGCUUAUGUAGCCCUCUCCAGAGCCCGAAGCCUUGCAGGGCUCCGUGUUCUGGAUUUUGACCCAAAAGCAGUGAGAGCUGACCCUGCUGUGCUGCAGUUCUACAGACAGCUGAGACAUCAUCAGCUGCCAACCCAGGGUUCACUACACACCUAUUCAGAUGCUGAUGAGAAGGAGAACUGGAAAUGCAACUGAGAAUGCUCUUCUGGUUUCUGUGAGGUGUCAGCAGAGAUUG